AUGACCGCGUCCUGGUGGGCGAUCCAAGUGCUGAGCGGAGCGCAUAACCCCACCGAGACGCUUCGAGUGUUCACGUCGUCGCUCAUCAAAGGCUACAUGGGCGAUGGCUUGAUCAAGGACAGUCCGUUGGUGCAGGACGUACUGGGAGGCGACACCACGCCCCGCGACUACAUGCUCUUCCUCGAGUCCAGUACAAACACCUCGACCGACGGCUGCUCAGGACUACCGCUCUUCAAUUCGGAGAUUUACAGCUACGACUUUCUGAGUCCGGGCUAUCAGGGGAUGGUCUCCAGUACCAAGUACAACGCCACCGCCCUCGCAGACUUGGAGCUCGUGGUUAUCAUCGCCGAUUGCUCCUUCAGCCAGCUCAAGGCUGGCGAUCCGUCGGACGUGCGCGUGUACAACCUGGUGCACUCGUGGAGUGAUCCCAGCGACUUGUACUUGAUGACUCUGUCGCUCUCCGUGCAGGAAUACGAACAACGCGACCACAACAAGGAAGGGCCAGCAGUAGUGGGCAUGCUCACUCUCGUCCAGAGUAUGCAAGACACGAACGUGGCGCAGUACUACAUGGUCGCGCUCACCUACCCGUACCAGCGGGCUCCGGACUUCGAAAUGUACGAAGUGGUUGGCGUCACGAAUGAAAGUUAUUUAUCCUUGACGAGCAUUCCGCGGGACCCAGACACUGAGCCGGUCAAGCACUUGCUUACAGCGCGGAAGCGCGGGUUCUACAAUGGAGGCACCCAGUCCAAUGUCCGCACGAUGUACUCCAUCCUGGACGGUGUGAACGCCACGAACGCGUUGACUCGUUGGGAAUGGAUCGGUGAAGCCGUGACAAUCGACUCGUGGGCCUGGGUGCACUGCAUCCAUUUCUUCUUCGGGCUGCAGGUAAUUUAUUCCCUGGUGGUGCUGCUCCUCGUCACGUACCAGAAGAUUCGGUCGGGCAAGAUCUGGCUUGGAGAUCCGUUCGCGUCCAUUUCGACGGCGACGCUCGUUAUGCGCGGCAUUCUGGUGCUGCUCUCUUGGGCGAUCGAUUCCUUCUGGUCGAUCAACGAGUUCGCCAUGUCGAGAGCCGCGAUGAUCUCGGGUUCAUCGCCUGUACGCGUCCACAAGGAGCUGAUGCACGCCGACCUUUUCGCCGUGUACCUUGGCUUGGUGGCUUUCCUGAGCUCCGUGUUCCGAGAGCGCAUUGAUCCCUCUUUCGCCACCUUUUUGUUCGAGAUGGUCCACCAGAACCGUCAGAAGAUCGUUCGCCUGUCGUCAGCAGUGGUGGAAGAGGUGGUCACCUACUCGGAAGCCCAAUACAACAUUGGCAUUGCAACGGUAACCCCACUACUGGCCGAUAUGUCCCCACUGCGGCUGUGGUCGUCGUUCGAGUUCCCCGAAAAGGACGCCAAGUUCCUCGCCGCGUCCUUCACGCCCAUGCUCUUCCUCAUGUGCUCCAUCACAGUGUUUGCGAUCCUACGCAAGAUUUACCGCUUCUUCCGGCCGGAUCAAGUUCGACAGAGAUCGAGUAUUGGCACGGACACGUCCGCAAACUCAUCGGCAAACGAGCGCAGUGCCAUGACCCAGAGGGGAAUCGUCACCAACUUCGAGAUCUCGACUGGAUCCAUGCUGCAGACGCGCUUCGGACUCAUCUCCGACUACAGCAACUACGUCUUCUUCAAAGGAAUGAAGUUCGCGUCGGCGGACGGGGUCUAUUGCUCUGGAUAUGUGAUCGUGAACGAGAAGUAUCUGGUGAGCUCGAAAGACUUGUGGGCUAUUGUGAUGAUCAAGUUGCUGCGUACCCGAUUUAAGAAUGUCCACGUGUAUGAGGUACACGGCCACACGGUGAAGGAUACGGCGAGGUUGGUGUUCCCUUCGACGUUCUUGUGGUCGGAUCUGUGGCGUUUGAACGUCACGGUACUGCUAUGA